GUUGUUGUCUUAUAGCACAGUAGUCACAGUCUCAGCAGGACAAACAGAUACAGCAGCAGCAGCUGUUCUCUGUGAAGGCAUUCCGAGGAUUCCCGGCGCCUCCAUCCUGUCUACCUGCCCAACAGGUGCAGCCGGCUGUCUGCCACCGAGAGGCGGCUCCGAGCGGGGGGCCGUUCAUGCUCAUCUAUGGGUGAGUGUCUGCGGAAAGCUUGUCCAUGUCUGGAAACACUAUGGCAGAGGAUUUUCAGCGACAAAAAGGCUUCUCCGGGAGAAGGGGGAGUACAUGGUGGCAGUGGAGGAGGAGGAGGAGGAGGAGGAGGCUUCAGCAGUAGCGGGGAGGUCAGACAACCGAGUCCGAGUCCGGCGCCGACGCUGGAGAGAGUGCCCGAGAGUGGGUGUAUCUACACGGCGAUCUGGCCGUUUGAAUCGCGGCACACGGAUGAGCUGUCGUUCCAGGAGGGGGACCUGUUCAGUGUCAUCAGCCGCAGCGGGGACUGGUGGACCGCACGGAGGAUCGAUAAGAACGGGCGCGUCCUGGACACCGGGAUCGUACCCAGCAACUACCUGGCCAGAGCCGAGUCACUGGAAAUGCAACCAUGGUACUUUGGGACAAUGAACCGCUUUGAGGCCCAAAGCCACCUGCUGGGACCAGGAAAUGACCGGGGAGCUUUCCUCAUCCGACACAGUGAGAAAGACAACGUUGGAUACGUUCUUUCAGUGAGGUCACUCAAUCGGGUGAAGCAUUUUAAGAUCCACGGAGAUGAGAAUAUUUUUUACGUGGAGCACAACCACCAGUUCAGUUCUCUGAUUGAUUUGGUGGAGCACUACAGCAUCAACACCCUGACCAACACGGGCACACUGGGAAACCCCUGCAAGAGGAAAAAGCCCACCACCCCAGAUUUGAAUCAUUUUACGGUGGACGAGUGGGAGCUCCCGAAAGAGGAGUUCACCCUGGAGGAGGAGCUGGGCACCGGCUACUUUGCGGACGUCUACCGGGGACGCUGGAAAAACAUUAUUAAUGUCGCCAUCAAGAUCCUCAAAAGUGACUCAGAGUUGAACCACCGAGAAUUUCAGAGGGAAGUUCAGAUCCUGAAGAGUCUCCGCCAUCGUCACCUCAUCGCUCUGUUCGCCGUCUGCACGGCCACAACUCCUUACUACAUCAUCACCGAGCUGAUGGAGAAGGGCAGCCUGCUCAGCUUCCUCAGAAGUCCAGAGGGGCAGAAUCAAGACAUAGCAGCGCUCGUUGACAUGGGAGCCCAGGUGGCUGAUGGGAUGUCAUACCUGGAGGAGAAGAACAGCAUCCACAGAGACUUGGCAGCUCGAAAUGUCCUGGUGGGAGAGGACUACAUCUGUAAGGUAGCCGACUUCGGACUGGCCAGAGUGAUCAAGGAGCCGUUCUACAUCACAGAAGAUAAAAAGAUUCCCUACAAGUGGAGCGCUCCUGAGGCCAUCAGCCAUGGGAUGUUCUCCAACAAGUCAGACGUCUGGUCUUUCGGUGUCUUGCUCUAUGAGAUUACCACUCACGGAGGCGUUCCUUACCCAGCCCUUAGCAACCAGGAAGUGUACGAGCAGGUUAGCCGCGGGUACAGGAUGCCAGCUCCGGCUAAAUGUCCCGACUUUCUCUACAAAAUCAUGCUGAAAUGUUGGAGUGCCGAGCCAGGAGACAGGCCGGAUUUCAAGUCCCUCAAGAUGCAGCUUGACAGCAGCUCCUAUGAAUUGGACUAACAGCAGUACAUACUCAUCGCCACAGAGGGGCAGCAGAGAGUCUGACACAGAGCAGGGAUUGUGAUCUCUGAGGUCUCUCUAACAGAAACAAACUGAUUUUAGAGAAAGAAAGACUUGUCUUUGCAAUGUGCAAACCUGCAAAGCUUUAUGUCGUUUAUUCAGUACACUCGGGCUGAAACUAUUCAUCAUAUACAUUAUCAUGUGAUGAUUUUUUUUAGUGCUGAAACCAUUCACAGAUGGAAUUGGCAACAAUUUUUAUAAUCGAUUAACCAUUUCAGUAAUUUUUUUAAGGAAAAGUGCCAUUAAUUCUCUUGCUCCAGCUUGUCCAGUGUAAGAACUUAUAGUUUCAUUUAGUCUUCUGUGAGAGUGAACUGAAAAUAGAUGUGGAUGUUAUCGACCAAACAAUUAAUUAGUCCAGCAGAUGUUGAAUAUCUCUCAGUAACAGAAAUAAUUGCAUAAAUGCACCUCUAAUUUUCUUUUGUCCGUCCAAAAUCCAAAGAUAUUCAGCCUGAAAAGCAGCAAAUCCUCACAUUUGAGAGGCUGGAGCCAGAGAUUGUUAGAACAUUUUUCGAGAAAAAAAAACAACUUUUCAGUUCCACAGUCCAUACUGCAAAGAGGUGGGAAGCCACUGACAACACAAAACAGCCAAUAUGUUUGUUAGAAUUUCCUACAAAAAUCAUAUUCUGAGUCUCUUUGUUCAGCUUCUUUAAUUUCUUCUCUUCAGCUUUUUUGUCUUGAGACAGCAUUUUAAAAUGAGCAAUUUUAUUCUAUUUUUGAAGUGAAAGUAAGAGAAAGGUUUGACAACACAUUGCUGGGGUUUCACACCUUAAACAUGUGCAUGGAUCAUUGACAAAGACAGGUCUGUUGGUUUACAGCAGACAAAAAGAGUGGACGUGAGAAUUUGCGUCAUCACAAAGUCUGAGCUGUGAAUUUGAAUGGACGCCUUAUCUCACCUUCUGUCAACAUCUGCUGAGUGUCAAAGUUUAUUCUUGAUCUGAAAGAUCAGAGAGUGAGUUUGACUGGUUGUUAGUUGUUUUAUCAACUGCUGUUUCCAACUUCAAACUCUCGUUCUGAGCCAACAAGGAUGAGUUAUGGUCAUUGUAGCAGCAGCACAUUGCUUGGAUCUAUGAAAAUGUCACUGAGAGCUCCAACUAAUAAUAGAUAAUAAUAAAAGAGUCAUGACAACCGUAAAAAAAUCAAAAGAGAAAUACACAAAACUUUAAACUACUGCGUUGUAAAUCUAUUUAUAAAGCUUUAAAGCAACAGUCUCAAGUUAGUUCGGGGCCACUGCCACUUCAAUGUUCAAGUGCGAUAAGAAAGCACAAUAUCCUGAAAAUAUUUCCAUUACUAACUUCGUAUUUAACAAAAAAUGCAAACAGCAGUUUCUAUAAAUUUUUAUAUAAUCAUUUUAUAUCUUCUUUGCUGUUUGCAGCCUCUCCCUCCAUUCAACAAACUCACUACCUGUCAGCUUUGCAAUAUCAUCCGUUGGCCUGCAAGGGGCAGCACAGUCCCAGUAUCUGAGGAGCUAGUUCCCUUCUCGUCUAACUGGUGAAUGAAGAGUGAAGUUUUUAUUGCACAAAUUAGCCACAAUUCACUUCACAAACCCUUCCAGUAUUUUAACAGUUUCUCUCAAAUCUAUUCUAGUCCUUCCUAAACUGCAGUCAACUUUAAAUGCUCUAUUAACCGGCAGAACCGAUGAGUAAUCACAUGGAAACAUAUGGAAACCUUCCUCCAGCUGUCUCUCAGUUACUUUUUGCAUCAGUGCCAUAGAUCAGUGUUUAAGCCCUUGAAACAAAUAUGUGAUCCAUCAUCUCUCAACCAAAGACUUUUACCUCCCCCAGGAAAACAUUACCCUUAUUUGAAGGAGGUCUACUUUGGUUUGGCUGCAAUUCUCAUUUUGCAAACCCUCAAAUUCAUCUUGCAGCACAGCUGGUUAAGACUAUAAGAAACGCUCCAACAAUGUUUGAAAAGAUGCAAAAUGCACAACAACAGUUAAAUCCACAGUUGGUCCCCUUCAAUCAGUUUCAGAGUCACAGGAUAUUUUCUUGGUUACUAAAGCUUAAAAAAACUGAAUCAAAGCAAUGAAACAAAUCAACGUUCUACUUCUAAACAAUUUGUAUUCAUUAUGUUUCUACAGUUUUUGAUCCAAGGCCACAUUUUGUGUCCAGUUCUUUUAGAUUUUGCACAUCUAUAUUGCUGAUGAAAUCACUGCUAAGACCGUGUUUUUCGUGUCAGAUUUGUAAAUUAAUGAACACUUGUGGAACAGCAUGUACUGUUCCAUUUAAACAUCAGAUGGCUUAUCAGAGCAACUGCAUUACCCAAAAAGAAAUAUGGUGAAAGUGUCAAAUGUUCCCCACAUAUCACUUUCAACCUGGUACAAACACAAUGUGAGUUUCUGCAUAUAUGUAGUCCUCUGUAAAGGCUUCUUUUGUGUCAGUUUUUAUGCAAUUUAAUACGCAAUGAUGUUAUAUGUCUAUAAAUAUUGUAAUAAUAAUGGAUAAGUUUGUUUCUAAUGGCUUUUAAGGACACUUUCAAUGUGCUUGUGUGUGCAUUUGUGUGUCUCGAAGUGUUAUAUUCCCUCCUGUCUGCUACUGGAGUUAACUGGGUCAGUAAAAUAUGACCCCUACGUUCUCCAUCUCUGUCUGCAAGUUCAAGUUUAAUAAUCAAACUGCUUUAUUUCCUUUUUAAAAUACAGUACAGACAAACACUUACUAUGAAUUCAAUGAAAAUAUUAAAAGAAUAAAAGAAUGAUAAAAUCCCACA